AUGGCUAGCAUCGGCGGCAGGAUAGAAUCCAGUCAAGUGUCGGACGGUGGAAAACCCCCCCUCCCUGGGCAGAAGGAAUGCAAAGAUGGAGCAGGAUUGACCUUAGGGCUUCCACAUCAGGCGGGUUUGGCCACGUUGGGCGGCGGCGGGGAAACGAACAAUAAUGGGCUAAAUGUGGUGGCGGUGGAGGGUCGCUUGAAGCAAGUCGAGAUGUCAAUGGAGGAGAAAAGCUGGAGCCCCUCAGGGGAGGAAAUCCCGCCUCCACUUGGGGAUCCGAAUGGACCCCAUCCAAUGUCGGCGACUCCGUGGAUGACGGAGACGAUCGCUCAACGGCGCGUUGCUCGUCGAAUAUUGCACCAAUCAGUGCUGUAUCCCCGCACUCCCGAUCGAGGCCAUGGCGGUGUCGAUCAUAUUGGGAAGUUCGAGAAGAAUGAUUGGAGAGGGGGGAGGAAAAGAAGCUGCCUUUGGUCGUGGCAAACCGGGCCGCAUCGAGGCGCGGGUUGGAAUGGGCGCAACUGCAAUCCCUUUCGUACUAUUCAUCUAUCCCACGAUCCACUGGAGUUGGAGAGCAAUCCUCCAUCUUUCUCCUCUCCACCAGUAGGUGGCCUUCCUGCAGACCCUCAAACUUUGAAGCCAGCCCCGACUGAUUGGCACGUAAAAACCCCGACCGCCAGCCAGCCAGAUGAUCCGCAACGGAAAUGCCCGACCGUCGCAAAGAACAGCCCCAGGAGAAAAAAGAAGGGCUCGGAUCACCAAUCAGUCCGGUUGAUCAGCAUCCCAUCUCGCGUUGGCGAUUUCCCACCUGCAGCAGAUGUCGCUGACUGGCUGGCUCGGCUGCGGGAUGGAGCUUUAGUGUCUGUGUGUUCUGAAGUCUUUUCUGUCCUGAUCAUCCCGAGCAUCCACUAAGACCUCUAAGAGUAACAGCCUGUUAGAUGACAGUCCUGGUCUGACAGUAGAGUUAGGAGGAUGAGGUCGAGAAAUGGCAGGACCUACUAUAUUGCAUUUGCUAUGAAGUCAAUAUUCAGCCUUUCUGUUGGUUGGCUGAUUGCUUGCUUGAUGAUGAUGAUGAUCAAUCAAUUUACCUUUACUCCCAUUCGUGAUUCAUUUCCAACCUGCAGGGUCAGUCAUCCAUCAUCCCGGCCCAAUUUCCAACCCCAUU